CCUUUUUUUUUUUUUUUUUUUUUUUCAUUUAAAUUUCUAAAAUUAAAAAUUUUAAUGCACUCGCUUUGGUUCCAUCCUCCGACCGCUAGCCGCCUAGCCUCUUCUCAUUCAUCCAUUCCUCCCUUCCCUCUUUAACUCUCUCUCCCGCAUUAGGGUUUCUCAAUCUUACCUGUGUGGUCUGUGUUUCAGGGAAUCCGAAAGCUCCUCACUCUCUCUCUCUCUCUCUCUCUCGCGCACAAACACACGAAUGGCCGGCAGCGGCGUAGUCACGGUCUACGGCAACGGCGCCAUCACCGAGACGGCGAAGAAAUCCCCCUUCUCCGUGAAGGUGGGCCUGGCUCAGAUGCUCCGCGGCGGCGUUAUCAUGGACGUCGUAACUCCUGAGCAGGCCCGCGUCGCCGAGGAGGCCGGGGCGUGCGCAGUUAUGGCCCUGGAGCGCGUCCCCGCUGACAUCCGAGCCCAGGGCGGCGUCGCCCGCAUGUCCGACCCCCAGCUGAUCAAAGAGAUAAAAAACGCCGUCACCAUCCCCGUCAUGGCCAAGGCCCGCAUCGGCCACUUCGUCGAGGCUCAGAUCCUCGAAGCUAUCGGCGUCGACUACGUCGACGAGAGCGAGGUCCUCACCGUCGCCGACGAGGACAACCACAUCAACAAGCACAACUUCCGCAUCCCCUUCGUCUGCGGCUGCCGCAACCUCGGCGAGGCGCUCCGCCGCAUCCGUGAAGGAGCCGCCAUGAUCAGAACCAAAGGCGAGGCGGGCACCGGCAACAUCGUCGAGGCUGUGCGCCACGUGCGGUCGGUGAUGGGUGAUAUUAGGGUUCUGAGGAACAUGGACGACGACGAGGUUUUUGCCUUCGCGAAGAAGAUUUCGGCGCCGUACGAUCUGGUGAUGCAGACCAAGCAGCUAGGGAGGCUCCCCGUCGUUCAUUUCGCCGCCGGAGGGGUUGCAACGCCGGCGGACGCGGCGAUGAUGAUGCAGUUGGGAUGCGACGGCGUUUUCGUGGGCUCCGGUGUGUUCAAGAGCGGCGACCCGGCUCGGCGGGCGAGGGCAAUUGUGCAGGCCGUAACUCAUUACAGUGAUCCUGAAGUGCUGGCUGAUGUGAGCUGUGGUUUGGGUGAGGCUAUGGUGGGGAUUAAUCUCAAUGACGACAAGGUGGAAAGGUACGCAAAUAGAUCAGAGUAAGCAUCAAAAGGGUUCGAAUCCACAGGUGAGGCUCAAAUAAGGCCAUCGUUGGAUCAAUAUAGUCAUCAUUUGUAUUGUUUUUGUUUCAACAAUUAUCUCUCUCUAGAUCUGGGAACAAUUAUGGGUUAAUGGGUUUACUUGUGUCAUCUUUAUAAAAGCACACCGCAGGGGAUAUACUGUGGGUUUUUUGUUCUGUAAUUGUAGAAUUCAUCGUUGUUUUUGUGUAUGAAAUUCCUUUCUUUUCUUUA